AUGCUUAACUGCAAGCCCGCCGCUACGCCUGUUGAUACGAAGGCCAAGCUCUCUGCCUCGGAUGGUUCUCCCGCUUCGGAUGCUGCAUUCUACCGGUCCAUCGUUGGUGCUCUCCAGUAUGUCACUCUAACUCGACCGAAGAUUCAGUACACCGUACAGCAGGUGUGUCUUCAUAUGCAUGCUCCUCGGGAUGGUCAUUGGGCCGCUGUCAAGCGGAUUCUUCGCUACGUCUGCGGCACUAUGGAGCUCGGCAUCACGCUCUCCGCCUCCGCCGACACCGCCCUCACCGCCUAUACCGAUGCAGACUUGGCGGGCUGCCCUGACACUCGUCGCUCCACCUCGGACUAUUGUGUCUUCCUUGGACCAUCAAUCAUAUCAUGGUCGUCCAAGCGGCAGCCUACGGUCUCUCGCUCCAGUGCUGAGGCUGAGUAUCGUGCGGUGGCCAACAUCAUCGCCGAGUGUUCGUGGCUUCGCCAGUUGCUCCAGGAGCUCUCUUCUCCUGUGGAUCGUGCUACGGUGGUCUACUGCGACAACGUCUCGGCUGUCUACCUCUCCGCCAACCCGAUAUCAUGA